GGCUACCUACGCCGUAAAGGAAUAUCGUGCUUUUGUCGUGUAUGUGAAACAAAUGGCAAAAUUGUGAAACGAGUAAAAUUGGUGAGGCGAAUUUCGAAUGGUUUGCAGUUUGAAAAAAUUCUUCGUUGAGGAUAGAUCGCUAUUUUUUAGGAGUAAAGCAAAUUCGAACGAGUUCAACGAAUAUUUCUUGUGCUUGAAAGACACAAAACAAAUCGAUCAAAAUGUUCAAAAACCAUUUGGAAAUGAUUGGGCGCAAUGAGAGCCCCAGCAAGAAGGCCAAAUUCUGGCAAUCCUACAUCAGAUCCCUGAAGGGCUCGGAGGAUAUUCGCGCCCACGAUACGCCAAGAGCCUCUCGCCCAUACAGCUCGUACCUGGAUUCGCCCACAUACAGGAGCAUCUACGAUGAGCCCGCCACGGCCAACGAGCGCGUUCAGUCAUCUGGCUACAGAUAUUUGCCAGUGAGCCGUGACACCUACGGCUACUCGCCUCGUGCCAUCUACGAUCAUCAUUACAGCAGAACAAUUCCAGCUAAUUACGAUGCAGAGAAGGCCUGGAAUGAUCAUUUGAAGCGCAUGCAAGAAAUUGAGCGCAGAUAUCCAUCUCGCUAUGGUCUCUACUUGAGAGACAAGCCACUCACACCAAACUCUUUGGUGCCUUUGGAAUACGAGCCAGAGGAUAAGCUGUUGACUGAACUCAACAAGGCACGUCGCUCGGUGUCGCCGUUCCGUCCCAGCCGCAGCACACGCGCUGGCAGUGAGCCCUAUGUGCCACCGCCGGUCUACUGGAAUCGCGAGGGCAGCGUGCCACGCGGCGGACCUUCGGUGUUCGAUCGCGCCACCAGUCUGGCUCCGUUCACGCGGCCAAGCUUCCGGGCCAGCUCGCUGGAACCGUUGGAUGAACUCUUUGAAAGUAAGUUGCCAGCAAUUGCUGAGGCGGCGGCCGAUGCAGCCGCCAGUAGGCCAAGCAUUUUUGAGCGCGCCGGCUCACCAAGUCCCACUCCUGUCAAAGCCGGUCGCUGGGGACCACGUCCCACCGAAGUCGCCUACGAUGCUGAGGGACUUCCCAUCUUCCAUCCACGCAACCGGUUCAGGGAUAUGCUGAGCCCCAGCCCGAGGCUGCCAAUCUCAUCGAUUGUGCGCGAUCCCUUCUGGUGGGAUGUGGAUGAUUUGGUGCCGUUCCGUGCCAGCUCGUUGCCCCGCGCCUCGAGCCCCGUGGCCCGUGAUUCGUAUUUGUCGCCGGUGAAGAAUCGCUAUCUGUGGUCCAGGCACCCAGCCAGACCCCUGACACCUCACCGCUCAAUUUUGUAAACGAACGAAAACGAACUUUAAAACAAGAACAACAACUAUAACAACAACAACAACGAAUGCAUCAAUGGGGUCCCCAAAACAACGACAAGUCUUUGGUUUCCCACAACAAGAACCGGAACCGGAAAUCAACGAGAGUAGCAAAAAAUGAAUCUGUAGUCUCAAAAUCCUCAACAACGAUUGAAUUUUUUCAAAACUGCCAGCCCCAUAACAAUCGGCGGCUGCCUCCAACUCAAUAUUGCCAUCAAGUGCGUACUUCCCGUAGUAACAAUAAAAGAAAUCAUAAUAAUAAUAAUAAUAAUACAAUUAUAAUAAAAAAUGAAAAAACUAAUAACUAAAGGAAAACAUUUUACAACAACAACUCUCAAUAGAAAGUUUUUAUUUUCAAUUUCUUAGCUCAUGUCUUAGUAAUAAGUGCAAGUAUAUGAACAAAACAAAAAAAAAAUCCAAAAUUCGAUUUACAUUUAUUAUAUAAUAAAAAAAAACCAAAUCUAUUAUGAGAAGCUCUUGAACAACCCGAGCGCCAUAAAUUGUUCCUUUUUUGUAUAUUUUAGACGCUAUAUUUGUAAUUGUAUUGAUAACAAAAAAAUACAAAAAGAAAACUCGGAUUUCAAGUAAAAACGGUUUGAUUUUUGGAGUACUCAAUAAAAUUGUAAGGAUAACUGAACGUUUCACUGCACAUGCGAAUAUAUAUCUGCCAUACUAUAUAUGAACACAACAAUAUUGCGGCUUAGCAUAUUUUCAACUUGUAAUAAAACAACAACAACAAAAAUAUUUAAAACUUCUGAAAAAAAAUAAAAAAAAUUUCAAAAAGCCCAAAAA